AAGUGACCAGGGACUGCUUUUUCAUUUGCGGCUCCAGCGUCACAUGUGUAGUACCCAUGCAAAUUGAAAAAGCCUGCAUAAUACCGACCUCCAGAGCUGGUAUCACAAAACCAUUCUGUCUUGCUUGAAUGUGUUUGGUCACACAGAGAAAGGAAGACAUCUCAGAGAAAAUAUUCAGAAGCAAAGCCAAGUAAUUUACUCGAAGAAACCGACCGUUCGUGACGACAAAAUCUAUCCCGCUAUACAGGAGAUAAUCUAAGGAAGUCGGAUGUCGGACUCGCACCAGAUGAGUGAGGAGAACGUGCUGCGGCGUGUUGCCCGCCUGCCCCUGUUCAGCUCAGCAGCGCAGAUCGUAACUGCCACUUACGCGGAUCUGAAAGGCCGCUACCCCCUGGUAGGCUUGGUGGGGGGUGUGGCGGCGAUCAGCAUCCGCAGAAUGUCUCUGGCAACCGCCCGGAGCUCAACCCCUCUGCUGCAGCGGCUGGAGCCCCAGAUCUCCAUGGCCAACAGCUACGCCUGCGUGGGCCUCGAUGAGCUGGAGAAGAGGUUCCCCGUCCUCCAGCAGUCUGCAGAAGAGGUGGUGGGCCGUCUGAAGGACACCUUGUUUCUCACGAUGGAUGACCUGCAACUGCGGAUGAAUGAGGGGAUGGGCAGGGUGGUGGGCAGGACGGAGCAGGUGAUGGAGCAGACCCGGGCAGCCAUACAAGCCAACGUGAUGUCUAUCCAGAACUCCAGCUUGGGCGGUACCGUGGUCUCUGUGCUGGAUGAGCUGUUGACACGCUCCGAGGAGGCUGCUGUGUACUACCUGCCCCUUCCGGAUGCACUGCAACGCGAAUGGGAGCUGAGCCUGCAGCGCUAUGAGGAAGAGGAGGAUGAUGAUGACGAGGAGCCGGGGCUGUGGUCCCGCGCCCGCUACCUGGGCCUCCAUGUGGGCCUGCUGCUCCAGCACUGGGCCGGCAUGCUGAGGGACAGCCUGCGCCAGCGCGCGCUCGUCCUGGGGGACCUGUCUGACACGGUGGGUCUGACCUGGCUGCUGGAGGCUGCUCUCGCGCUGUCCCAGAGGCUGCUGGGAUUCUACCUGGCCCAGGUGUACCGGAUGGAGGAACUGAGGAGCCUGGUCGUGAGCCAGCUGGUGCUGCUGGCCCGCAUGUUCCUGGAUCUGCGUCCUGUGCGCGCGGCCCUGACCUUCCCGGGACAAGUUCAGUCCACCCUUAUGGUGGUGAUGCGGGAUCUGUGGGAGCUGAGCCAAAUCCUCAUCCAGCUUUUGAUUAACACCACGCCUCUAUACAACAUGUUGCAGGAGUCAUCGGAGCAGCAAACGGAGGCCGACCUGAGCCAGGAGGACCUGUCGGACAACUGCUCUUCCCGCCGCGGCUCCAGCGGCGGUGCCUUCCCCAAAGCUCUGGAUGGCCGUGGGCGCCGCCGCAGGAGCCUGUAUGGCCGGUCACGUCGUGGUUCAGCCAGCACCAACACCACGUCCAGCCCGGCAGGCUCGCCCAUCAACUCCAACAGCCGAAGGAGCAGUCUGAAGCAGGAGACCCCGUCGCUCUCGCCCGCCGAGGCGGUGCCUGUCCCCUCCCCAGCUGUGCCCAGACGCCGUUCGUCCGCCACUGAGAUCCUCCUGAGUCCCAUCAUGCAGUUCGUCACCCAGAACCAGCGAGCCUUUGAAUACAUCAGCCCCAGUCCGUACCCGGAAGACUCCGGAACCCCUCUUGUAGAAACCACAGAGCAUUAAACCCCACCACUCUAGCCUCUCCCUCUACCAUUUGCUGUCAUCGGUUGAGGGGUUCCCACUUUGUGGAUGAUCAGUGGGUUAAAUAUUGCUUACAUAUAACAGAUUAAAUUGCAGUGAUGCUUACAUGUGUCUAGAUAAUACUGUAUGCAAUCAUGUUUUUGAAAGCUGAGCUUGGCUGACCUUUUUGGACACAGUGGGACUCUGCGCAGGUUGGGUCUGAUUGGUCAUCAGUGUGAGGUUCCUGUGCACGUGAGGUAUGAGGUAUGUACGUUGCAUCAUAAAGCUGGAAGUAUAGGGAGAGCGUCUUCUACAGCUUACAUUGCACGUAACCUUCCUGGAUAAUCUUCAUUAUGUGGUCUUUGAACAAAGCUGUCUAGAUUCAAAAGUAUUGUUGAGCUUUAUGUUACCUUUCAAAAUUCAUAUAGUUAUACAGUUAACCGAAUGAAAAUGAAGGAGUCAGAAUGAGCGCUAAGCCCACAGGUAAAAACUAUGCUAUACUUGCCUUUAAACUGCCAGCAAAUUUGCUCUCCAACACACCUAGUGUAGCUUUCGCUCCACAAAAGUAAUAAUACGUAGCACAUGGCCAUUGAUGGCAAGAUCCAAAUAGGUUCCAUGUAUUCUCGCAACAGACUCGAAGGAAGAACUCGCCACAUUGUUUAGAAAUUCGUGCAGAACGCAGCCUGAUGCUUCACAGUAACACUUUCCUUCUUUAAAAGUUCAUGAAACAAAACCCCUUUUCCCCGCUGUAAUUUGUACUGAGCCCCGUCCUCCACUAAUGAAUUUAUAGAACAACAGUAUUUAAACAGUAACGGUCUGACCAGAUGUUCAUUUUAAUCUAUUAAUAUUAAUGACUUUUUAUUGUAUUGAUUUAGAAGAAGGAAUCUGCAGACAGGCCCUGGCAAGGAUGGUAUCUUAGUGACUGGAGCGAGCAAUUAGAGCCCCGAGUGCAUAGCAACAACCUCCCACACAGAGGGAAGAGCUGUCGUGGAGAACUGACGUCGCAUUACCUUAAUCGGGGAAGGCUUCCUGAGAUGUGUGUGGAUGGAGGUGCGUAGGAGGUGGUCUUUCGCGAUGAUUCGUGGUUAUCAUAACCGCAGCGUAAAAUGUUUUUACCUUUGGGAUUCCUAUAUUAACCUGACAGUUUUAUAGCUCUUAUUUUAAGGUUUCAUCUUGUGAUAGAGCACACUGAUGUGCAUUCAGUUGUCAGUGGGGUGUUACAUGUGUAGAGGUUACGAGCCUUGCUACGCGUCCAAAUUAAAUUUUUGUUUAUGAGAGAGAUGCAAGUCUGCUACUCUAGAAAACCUUUGCUGAUCUACAUGAUAAUCAUCUACCCUGAAUGUGCAGUAGAAGUAUGUGUAUCAGAUAAUGGGUUUAUUAGAUAAUUAGUUUUGCCUUAUUUUGCUUGGUAUUACCAUUUUAUCAGUUUUUCUUGUUCGUCAUACUACAGAAUACAUACAUUUUAAAUUGUAUUAUUUGAUGUGUUUCACUGAAGACUUUCAAGACAGCUUUGUGUAAAGAAGCAUCACAGAUCAGUGAAAAGUUAACUGCGCUGACUUAUUGACAGAAGAUAUAAAGAUAAUAAAGUACAGGUCAUUUAUUCAUACACAUCUUGUAUUGUCCCUCACUCUUUG